AUGGAAAAAGGAUUUAAACAUGAAUCCACAACUGCCGGAAAUUUGAUUCGCCCUACAGUCUCCGGCCCCAAACCAUUCUUCUCGGAUGAUGACUUCCAAUUGUGGGCUUUCCUUGCUCAAACAUACUGGCAACAUGUUCCCCCUGAACACUUCGGACAAUGCAUUCUUCCCCUUUUGGACGACGACGCUGCCCGCCAGCUCCUAGCCUCGGGGACCCCUAUAACGUCUACUCUUGAUGAGAUCUGGGCGGCCCUUCACGAACUGCUCGCCAGGCACGAAUUAACACCCUUGUUCCUCGAGAAGUUCUUCGCGAGGAAGCAACUCCAUACCGAAUCGUUUGACCAAUACGCAGCCAUCCUCCGACAACUGACAACCAAAGCGUACCCAACGGCGUCUAAAGAGGAGCGCGAUUCCCACAUCCUGCAGCGGUUUAUGGUGGGAGUCUCCGACAACAUCAUUAAAGCCAGAUUCCUGGAAAAAGUGCCACGGAGUCUGACAUCGGCACUUCACAGCGCCCGUACUCAAAAGGCAUGCACAGAAGCCCCUCGGGAAACACAUGACGGGACCGCUACUGCUGUUGAAGCCACUGAGACGAGACAGUCAACGUUCACCAUGAGUCCACAAACACGUCCGGGGCCACAACCGGGCUGCAGAUACUGCCAGAAGUUUGGAGUGCGGGCGCAGCACUGUGGCCACAACGAACCUCUACGGAGACUCGGUGGGUCUGCAUACCACUCCAUUGUUUUGCAUUCCGUUUUGACCGAUUCUAUGAUGUUUGGUUUGCCCCUGACUGUACGUGGAAUUGUAGACGGGAUGUACACUGUGAUUCUAGUUGACACCGGGGCUGCGUGUUCUAUCGUCUACCCAGCGGUAUCGCGACCGUCGUUUUUCGGCGAGGGGCACCCUCGACUGACGGCGGCUAACGGGGCACAUCUAGUUUCUAUUGGUUACACAACGUGCAAUGUGGUUUUGGGUGCGUUCUCGACGACACAAAUUUGUAAGCGCAGAAACACCGUGGCGGGUUCUGCUGGGCAUGGAUUUCCUACUCAAACACAAAAGCUAUAA